AUGGCUGAGCGCGAAGGCUCGCCCGUGUCCACAUCAUCUAUGCUGUCGACCAACGCGCCUGAUCACGCCGCCGUCCGCGCCACGUCGAGCGCGUCGCCGCCCAUCUCGACACCGCCCACAAGCCUCGACGACGGCGCCAGCGUCAUGUCGGAGAUCACAAAGCUGGAGCAGACAACCGAGGUGUACGAAGAUGCCUCGGUCAGCCCAGCGCCCGACGCGCAGGCGGGCUCGCCGCUUCACGCGCACGACACGCCCAACAGCGAGAGCCGCCGGCCGUCUCGCAGUUCGCGCAAAUCGGUCGUCACGUACAACGUGCAGAUCCUCGCCGGCACCGCGAUCCACACACCCACCAAGUACCUCGAGAAGCACCACACCAACGUCCUGCACGGCUCCCUCGAAGCACUGGCUCCUCGGAGCAACGACACGCCUGUGAAGAAGAGGACUCCCAGAGCCAGGGCCAGCGCCAACGGAGCAAUUGACUCGGCCGAGGACCAGCUGGCCACCGAGGCCGCUCAGGCUGUCCGUCGCCGCGUCUCGUCCCGUGGCACCGACCUUCGCAAGGAGGCUUUGCGCAACCUGACCGGGGUUGGCGAGGCCGUGGCCACUUCCUUUGCCGGGGGCAAGUCUCUGGUCCAGAAAGCUCUCCGUAGGAGUGCGUCGGACUCCAACCUCAAGUCUGCGACGUCCUCUGCCAGCCCUGCAUCAUCGAGACGACCACGCACUGCGACAGACACCCCCGAAGACGACGACACAGACGCCACUUCGGAGCAGAAAGAAUACCUGAAACCGAAAACCAAAGCUUGGCUGAAGCAGGGCCUGUACGUUGGUCAAUAUCGCGACUUCGAUGCUCGCUUGUCAGAAACACAGAAUCGUGCGAAGAGGGCCAAGAAGCAAAAACACCCCGAGGCGCUUCCUCUCCCUAUGUUCGCUGGCGGCCGCAUGCUUGAGGAAGACCCUCAACACGUGCACCGACACUUCAAGCUCCCUUUCGACACGUACAAUCCAUUGCCCAGAAAGGUCAAAGUAGAUGGAUGGGUCAAGCUUUCCAAGAAUCGGUUCAUCGGCGACGCCUCCGCAUUGUGGAAACACGAUAAGCAGGAUUCAUCUCAGUGCUACUGUGACCCCGAAGAUGGAUGUGGAGAGGCCUGUCACAACCGCAUCAUGGCCUAUGAAUGCGAUAGCAACAACUGCAGGCUCACAUCGGAAGAAUGCGGGAAUCGCCCAUUUGCAGAGCUCAAGCGCCGAGGCAAAGGAAACGGCUACGAUUAUGGUGUUGAAGUCAUGGAGACCGAGGGCCGCGGAUAUGGCGUUCGAGCAAUGAGGAUUUUCAAACCCCAUCAGAUCAUUGUCGAAUAUGCUGGUGAGAUCAUCACCCAAUCUGAGUGCGAGCGGCGCAUGAAGCAGGUCUACAAGAAAGACAAGUGCUACUACCUCAUGAGUUUCGACAACAAGAUGAUCAUUGAUGCCACUCGAGGAACCAUCGCGCGGUUUGUGAACCACUCCUGCGAGCCUAAUUGUGAGAUGAUCAAGUGGACGGUUGGCGGAGAGCCACGAAUGGCACUGUUCGCCGGUUCUCGCGGCGUUAUGACGGGCGAGGAAUUGACGUACGAUUACAACUUCGACCCGUUUUCACAAAAGAACAUACAAGAAUGUCGCUGCGGCACCGAAUCGUGUCGUGGUGUUCUCGGUCCCAAGCCAAAGAAACCCGUAGAGGAGAGAUCCAUUACUUCUGCCUUGAUUGCCGGGACAAAGCGCAAACUCCAGGACUUCCUUGGUUCCGGUCGCGCAAGGUCAGAAAACAAUGCCGACUCACCCAAGAAGCGGAAGGUCCACAUUGGUAAUGCAACAACCACGAAAUUCAAGAACUCGCAUGCUGCAACGAGAGCCGCGCGCGAACAGGCAGAAGUGGAGGCAGUGGAACACUCUAGGCAGAUCGCAUCUCGCGAGAACCGUGCCAUGAAGCGGUCUUCCUCUUUGAAGGUCUCGAAACGAUUACGUCCCACUGUAGUGAGGCGCACAGUUCAGGGCACGCUCAAAUCGACUAGGACCACGACCGUCAGCCUGCAACGGAAGGUAGUAAAACCUGGCGCGCUGAAAGCUGUCAGCAAGUCUGUACGCACGCAUGUUGCUCCGCGACGUGCUAGUGUAGCGACAAACGGAGGGCGAGGCCUAGCAGCGUCGAAGAGACCUAGCACACCAGAGUCGGAUUCUGACCUUGAAGACGAUGACUCCGACGAAGACACAUCCCCUAAUAUCACGCCAGCAUCGUUACGCAGUGCGUCCAAGGAUGAUCAGAUCCGCUCGACAGAAUCCAGCCCCGCCACCUCGUAG